UUGCUGGCCGAUGCCCCUCAGGGCAGCCUGAGAAGGCCAGUUCAGACCGAAGGGGAUACGGGAGGUGAUUGGGAAGAGCGCUCGUACAACGAUCCCCGCCAGGAGAUUGGAUAUGUGUUCCGGGAAAGAAGGUUAAAGUCAUUUCUCGUCUUCGAUCAGCGCUCCACAGAUCGUGCUUCCCCGCCCCGAUCCUAUGGGCAAGCGAUGGAACUUCUCCUUGCGAGUACAUCAAUCAGAGAUUGGCCCCUUCCUCUUUCGUAUCCUUUUGCUUUCAUGACUCGGAAAGAGAAGGCGAAAGGGCUCGCCCUCGAAUCAAAGGUCAAUUAUAUCGAGCCUAGUGAGAGUCGGGAACGAAUUGGUAACACUGUGGCAAACCGAAGAAUCCGCCGGCUGAACGGCUCGAUGCAAUUGACCUCAAGUAUUCUCGUCUGCGGUGGGGAAACCAUUCCCACUGCUGGUGCGAUGUCUCCGACAAAGACGAUGCUAGUCUUUUGCCUUUGCUUCUGCCACUUGGCCUGGCACAGAUCUUUUCGAAGAAAUUGCGCCUUUUUCGCUGUUAGGGAGAUUUCGGGGUGCCUAGCACUUUCAAAAGAAAAGAAAGUCAGUAAAGCAGGUAAAGGUCAAGAUCCGACGGGAAAACUUUUUGAUUCAAAAUUUCCUUCGCUGGCUUCCUCUCCAAGGCGAAGUAGGAAUCGUGACCGUCUGGGGCAUUGUCUAAACUCCUCUUUCCAUUUCAAUCCUGGCUCCUUGGCACCCGGCUACACAUGGAAAGAAUGGGAAAACUCCUACUCGGAAGCAAGCACCAUUCUUCGCCGGCUUGGCCAGUGGUCCCAGUCGGACUCUAUCAGGAAAAUUCACUAA